AUGGAGAGCAGCAGCCGUCGCCAGCUGCAGCUUCGCCCCAAAGCGCCGUCGCUCUUCCCUAUGCAGCAAACCCUAGGAGUUCCAGCAGCAGCAAGAGGGGCUCCUGCUGCAGCAGACCCCUCGAGUCUGCGUUUUAGGUGGGGAAGAGGCUUUAGGGGACCCCGCACAGACUCUCCCAGUCGGCUGCAGCAGCAGCAGCUGCAGCAGCAGCAGCUGCAGCAGCAGCAGCUGCAGCAGCAGCAGCUGCAGCAGCAGCUGCAACAGCAGCUGCAGCAGCAACGCAGCGCCUGUUCGCCGCAUCAACCUGCCAAAGGGCAUACCGCCAUUGACAUGCCGGCAGCAGCAAACGAGGGGGCGACAGCAGCAGCAGCACCAGCUGCAGCAGCAGCCACAGCUGCAGCAGCAGCUUCAACGGCCGCAGGGGCUGCAGCAAAUGCUGCAGCAGGAGCAGCAGCAAAGACAAAACAAAACAGAACACUGUGCUGCGGUGGCAGCAUGCUGAAGAUCCGCACUGCUGCCACCAGCUCAGCAGCAGCAGCCGCAGUUGCAGCAGCAGCAGCAGCAGCAGCAAAUCCAGCUGCAGCACCAACGUCAGCCUACUUAGAGCGGAUUUCUACUCGUCUCAAGACUCUCCUUUUGUUUGCUGCUGCGCUGCUGCUGCUGUCUCUGCAGUGCUUCGGCUGCGCUGCAGCAGCAGCAGCAGCAGCAGCAACUCAGGGCGCUGCAAUGCCGCAGCAGCAAAUGCUGCAGCAGACGAUAGACAGGGGGCUGCAGCAGCUGCCUCCGCUUGCAGGGCCUGGGCAGAACUUGCUUCAGCAGCAGCUGCUGCAGCAGCAACAGAUAAAUCGACGCGCGCAGCAGCAACACCAGCUGCAGCAGCAACAGCUGCUGCAGCAGCAACAGCUGCAACUCAUUAACCAGCAGCAGCAAGGCCAACGUGUCCCCGUAUCAUUGGGCCAACAAGUAGGGCAGCAAGGCGGCCCGCUGCUGCAGCAGCAGCUGCUUCAGCAGCAGCUGCAGCAGCAGCUGCAGCAGCAGCAGUUGCAGCAGCAGCUGCUACAGCAGCAGCAGCUGCAACAGCAGCUGCUGCAACAACAACAGCAGCAGGGGCUGACACCCUUUCAGCAGCAGCAAUUGGAGCAGCUCCUUCAGAAACAGCAGCAACAGCAGCUGCAGCAGCAGCAACCGCAGAUGCAGCAGCAACAGCCUUCUGGCCAGUUUGACCAGCAGCAGUGGCAGCGACUGGAACAGCAGCAACUGCUGCAGCAGCAGCAGCUGCAGCGGCUGCAGCAGCAGCAGCAGUUCCUCCAACAGCAAGCAUGGCAGCAGCAGCAGCUGCAGAUGCAGAACCAGCCCCCGUACCGGGCCGCACUCAGAGCUAUGGACACUCCUGCUGCUGCUGCUGCUGCUGCUGCUGCUGCUGCACCAGCUCCCAGCGCACCGCUAUCUCCUGCUGCAGCAAUUCUUGUUAAGAGCCUCCGAGGGGUCUUGGGAGAUCUCUCGAGCAGCAGCAGCGCGUUGUCUGUGGAGCAGCUGACAUCUUUAGUGCUGCAGCACCUGCCGCUGCAGCAGCAGCGGCAGAUAUAUUUGCAGCUGCAGCAGAUGCUGGGGCCCGAGCAGCAGCAGCAGCAGCAGCAGCAGCAGGCGGCGCCGCUGCAGCAGUUGCGGCAGGGCCAGCAGCAGCAGCCGCUGACGCCGCAAGAGGCCACAGACCUCACAAAAGCCACAGCCCUCAUGUCAGCAGCAGCAGCAGCAGCAGCAGCAGCAGCAGCAGCAGCAGAUGAAGAACUAAUAGCUGGGCAAAGCGCAGACCAGUGCCUCCCCACAGAAUGCCUCAGCAGCAUUCAAGGGGGGCCCCCAGUCUGUGGGUCUGAUGGAAUAACCUAUGAGAGCAGAUGUGCUUUGCUGCAGAAGGCCUGCAGCAGCAGCAGCAGCAGCAGCAGCAGCAGCAGGGGUGUGAAGCUUUCGGUGCAGCACGAAGGGCCUUGUUCGGGGCCGCAGCAGCCACAGCAGCAGCUGCAGCAGCAGCUACAGCAGCAGCAGCUUCAGCAGCAGCUGCAACAGCAACAGCUACAGCAGCAGCAGCUGCAGCAGCAGCAGCUCCAGCAGCAGCUGCUGCAGCAGCAGCGCCUACAGCCACAGCCGCUGCAGCAGCCACUGCAGCAGCACUUACUACCCCAGCCACAGCCGCUGCCGCAGCAGCCGUUACAGCCCCAGUUGCCGCUGCAGCAGCAGCUCCAGCCCCAGCUGCCACAGCAGCCGCUGCCACAGCAGCAGCUGCAGCAGCAGCAGCUGCAGCAGCAGCAGCUGCAGCAGCAGCAGCUACAGCAGCAGCAGCUGCAGCAGCAGGCGUUUCGCGUUCGGGGAGCCGCCCUUGCCCGUGCGACCAGCACCACGACGGCGCCCCCUGCUGCGCUGCAGGGCCCCCACCCCCAGCAGCAGCAGCAGCAGCAGCAGCAGCAGCAGCAGCAGCAGCAGCAGCAGCAGAAGCACCGCAGGUGCAGACUGGAGUGCCCCUCCGGGGGCGUGCGGGUCUGCGGCAGCGACGGGCAAACUUAUGCAAACGAAUGCGAACUAAUAGCCUAUGCUUGUCUGCAGCAGCAAGACAUAAGCCUGAAGCACAUGGGUCCUUGUCUGAAAGCAGCAGCAGCAGCAGCAGCAGCAGCAGCAGCAGCAGCAGCAGCAGCGCCUGCUGCCGACGCUGCGCCGCCCCCGGAGGCGGAGGACGCUGAGCGGGGCAGCAGCAGCAAACCCAAAAGUGCUGAGUGA